CAACAAUAGUUGGGGGAACAGUGUACCAUUCUACAUUGCAAUAUGAAGACUUUCAAAGCGCCGUAAAUUUAUGUGAAACAGAUUACGGCGGAAAUCUACCCAUUAUUAGGACAUUAGAAGACUACGCACGUCUUACCGCCUUACAAGAAUUACAUAUUUUUUGGUUAGCUUUGAAUGAUAGAGAAUACGAGGGAAGAUUUGUAUGGACCACGUGCAAUGGAAGCUACCCAUUAAAUACCGAAUCUUUUGAUGUGUGGUAUCCCAAUGACCCUAAUGGCUUCAAUGACGAGAACUGUGUGGCUGUAUAUAACAGGCAAUUCCAAUGGGUUGAUAUGGCAUGUACAGAGAAAAAUCAAGUUGUGUGUGAGAAAGAUUUUGAAAUUUCGUCUGUCGUCAGCGACAAUAUUUACUACUAUUUAUCCGGAAACAUGACGUUUUCUGAGGCACACAUAGCGUGUAAGAAUAUAGGUGCCGAUUUGCCGGUCAUCACAAGCAAAGAAAAAAACGAUGCAUUCCAUUUUACUGAUUUUUCGUUUUGGUUGGCAUUGAACGAUAACGACACAGAUAGCAAUUACGUUUGGUCCACACGUAUUGGGGACUAUCCAGUAAAGGAACAUGAUUUUACGGCUUUUCCAGCUUGGAACUCACUUGACUCAGAUAACUGUGUGAUAUAUUUUUACGGUGUUUGGAGUCACGUAAACUGUGAAGAUAAAAGACUUGUGGUGUGCGAGAGGGAGUCUUGCACUGAUCAUCUUGGGGUUGAAGAUGGAACAAUUCCUUCCGAGCGACUUACUGCAUCUACCGAGUUUAGUCCAUAUUACGGUGCUCAUCGCGGACGUCUCAACAUAGCAGCAGAUGGUAAUUUGAAAGGAGCAUGGUCGGCUAAGUCCAAUGACAGUGAUCCGUGGAUUCAAGCCGAUCUGGGUUCUUUGUCAAAAAUAACGGGGGUGAUCACACAAGGACGAGAAGAUGCCAGUGAAUGGGUGACAUCAUUCGAAGUUCUCUACAGUAUUGAUGGUGAACAGUUUGAAACAAUCAUGAACUCUAAUGGUGAAAUUGAAGUGUUUACUGGGAACUCGGAUAGAAACACUUCCGUGGAAAAUAUGUUCCAUGUUCCUGUCUACGCUAUGGUCAUUCGAAUUUCUCCGAUCAGUUGGUCACAAAAUAUAAGUAUGAGAUUUGAAGUUGUUGGAUGCUCAGGCACAGUUCAAGAACAGCCGACCACAAACUCUGAUGCAUCUUUAUCUGUUAUACAAAGUAUACUUAAAUUCAGUUCAGAGUCCUGCGUUGGCCCUCUUGGGGUUGAAGAUGGAACAAUUCCUUCAGAACAACUGACUGCAUCCUCCGAACUUAACUCAUUCUUCGGACCAGAUAACUGGCGACUCAACACUGCUUCAACACCCGGUCAAUUUGGAGCAUGGUCAGCUGCAGUCUACGACCAAAAUCAAUGGAUUCAAGCCGACCUGGGUUCUUUGUUAAUGGUAACUGGAGCGACUACACAAGGUAGAGAUGGGAGUGGUCAGUGGGUGACGUCAUAUAAAGUUCAUUACAGUUUUGAUGGUGAAAAUUUCAAAACAAUUUUGAACGCUAGCGGUCAAGCUGCAGUGUUUACUGGGAACUCGGAUGGGAAUACUGCCGUAACAAAUAUGUUCCAUAUUCCUGUCUACGCGCAAUACAUCCGAAUUAAUCCAAUCAGUUGGAUGCAUCGUAUAUGUAUGAGAUUUGAGGUUAUUGGAUGUUCAGAUCCUUGUAUUGACCCUCUUGGGGUUGAAGAUGGAAGAAUUUCAUCAACACAACUGACAGCGUCAAGUGAAUAUAGCCCAGCUCAUGCGCCAGACCGUGGUCGACUCAACAGCAAAGCAGAAGAAGGGUUAAAAGGAGGAUGGGCCGCUGCAAUCAACGACCAAAAUCAAUGGAUUCAAGCCGACCUGGGUUUUGUGUUUAAGGUAACUGGAGUGAUUACACAAGGAAGACGCGAGCACUCUCAAUGGGUGAAGUCCUUUGAAGUUCUUCACAGUAUUCAUGGUGACAACUUCGAAACAAUCCUGAACGCUACCAAUCAGGUUGCAGUGUUUACUGGAAACUCGGAUGGGUUCACUAAGGUGACAAACCUUUUCCACGUUCCUGUUUACGCUAAAUUCAUACGAAUCCAUCCGAUCAGUUACGAAACUAGGAUUAGCAUGCGGUUUGAAGUGCUUGGUUGUUCAGCAAAUUUGAUUCAGCUUGUCGAUGGUAAUAACACCUGGGAAGGACGGCUGGAAAUUAUGUGGUAUAGGACUGAAUGCAAUGAUGAUGGAAAUAUGUCUGUGUGCAAGUAUAUUUGGGAACGGGGUACUGUAUGUAACAAUUAUUUUGAUGAAGCAGCUGGAGACGUUACGUGCCGAUCACUGGGUUACGACGGACUAUUGUUUUAUGGUGAUUUUGGACAAGGUAAUGGUCCUAUCUGGUUCGACUCCGUGCGAUGUAAUGGCAGUGAAACUUAUAUGUGGGACUGUGGUUUAAGCUUAGUUGAAAACAAUUGCAGUCAUGCCGAGGACGUGGGAGUUGCAUGUGACAUAACAAAAGCCACAACUGUUUCUCAAACUCACAGGCAUGACACUAUUAACACAUAUAGCUAUUUACUGAGUGACGUUGCAAACAUAUUUUCUCCUUCUGACGAUUUGGAAGAAUUGCAAGCAUUAUACGAGUUGGAACACAUGUUACUGGAAACUGAAUGGAACUCAUCUUUGGAGACUAUUAUUGAUUUUUCAAGGGAAAUCCAGAAUGUAUCAUUAUUGCUAUUUUCAUCGGAUUCGGUCAAGACGACAGAAGAUACGUUUAAGAUUGUAUCAAUGAAUGAAUUCUUAUUCAAACUAGUGGGCUCAAAUUUGCCUGAAAAUAUUGGAAUUGAUCUUACCUCAGAUCAUCAAUCUGUACAUGUACAGAAGUUAUCAUCGACUAAUACCAAGUUUGAAUUUGACAUCCAAGGUGGAGAAAAUUGUGAAAGGUGUAGUGUGUCUCUCUCUUUUAUGCCUCCAAUUGAUGACUUUACUAUUUUCGUCAUCAUAUAUCAAGACCUUCCACUAUUUGUUGGAACCGCCGAUAUCACGACGUCGGCUGCUAAUGAGAUUGAGGACAGUCUCAUUUUCGCGUCUGGAAUUCUGACUAUCACCCUCUACGACUUAUCUCUUCAGAAGAUACCGAUAUCUGUAAAUUUCACCAUUCAUCAUUUGGAGAAUGUAACGGAAGAUAUAUAUUCUGGAGGACUUAUAACCCAAUGCGCUUUUUGGCAUGAAGAAGAUAAGGUGUGGUCUGAGACCGGUUGCCAAACUGUGCACGAACAAGAUUCACCCAACUCGACAAAAUGUGUCUGUGAUCACACUACGAGCUACGCUCUACUAGUAGGAAAUGACGUGAUUUCAACUACGAAUCGGGCAAUAUCGAUGUUGACUACAAUCCUUUGUUGUUGUUCUGUUUGUUGCUUGAUUGUAAUGUUGUUGAUCUACGUGUCCUUUGAGGCUUUGAGGAAUUCUGAGAAAAAUCACAUCCACAAAAAUUUACUGGUGGCACUGUUCCUUGCGCAGGUGUUGUUUUUGACUGCCGUAGAGAACACGUCGAGUAAGGGAGUAUGUACUGUAGUUGCCGUUGUUCUCCACUACUUGUAUCUCUCUGUUUUUACCUGGAUGACUAUCGAAGGUUUAAACUUGUACUUAAAGAUAGUACGUGUUUUCAACUCAGAUCUUUUGAGCAUGCGUGCAUAUAUGGUGAUAGGUUGGGGUGUUCCUAUUCUUAUUGUUGCGAUUGCAGUCACUUGCAACAUCGAAGGGUAUGGCAUGAUCAACGGUGAGGAGCAGUACAUAUGCUGGAUAGACAUUAAGAGUCCCCUUUUGUAUGCAUUCAUUGUUCCUGUGUUUAUUGCAGUGCUGGUAAAUAGUGUUGUAUCGAUAUUCGUUUGGCGAAUAAUUUACUUAAAAACCGACAGUAACAACAGAUGGAAAGAUGCAAGAUCGUCUUUGAAAGGCGUGAUUAUGCUGUCACCCAUUCUUGGGUUGCCGUGGAUAUUCGGUUUGUUUGCUCGAAAUUCGAGUGUUGCCAUAGGAACUAUUUUCACCGUUUGCAAUGCUCCACAAGGGGUGUUUCUCUUUUUCACGCACUGCCUGUUUAGUAAUGAGGUGAGAACGGCAAUGAAGAUGCAUUGGUCCAAGAGAAAGGCUCGGUUUAGUGUUCAGCCGCAAACAAAAAGUUCAAACGUACUGCCUUCCGAACAGAAUUAGGCACGGACCAAGAACGUUUGAUCCCCAAGUUACCAUUCUGUACUUAAGUACAGUUCCGAAUUGAGGAAUUCAAAAUAGUGGGGCCCAAGUUACAGUGUCGGCGCCAGCGGGGGUGGGGGGGGGGCAGCAGGAACUUAAGCCCCC